UCUCUGAAAUAACCGAGUUUCUUAUGCGGUUAAAACGCCGAAAUCGCGACCGUAACUGCAGGAAAUGACGUUAGUGCAGUAGUAGAUAAUAUGGCGUCUGUGAUUGAUGUAAACGCCUUGGACCGACACUGUUUUGUUAUCUUACUCCGUUUAUAUGAUGUCUGUUAAAAAACGACGAAGGUUCGCGAAGGAAUCGCUGAUUAUAUGCGCAUAAAUCUCAGUACCUCAAUAUUGGAAAUACAACCAAACCCGAUGUCCGAAGGGGCCCGUGCUCCCUGGUCAAAGCGGGGUUGUGUGGAGUCGCAUCGCCGAGAGCAGGGGAAACACAAGCAAAGAAAAUGUGAACUUCCUCCAGGCACAGUGCCAGCCAAGCUCCCGCUCAGCCUGGAGGCACCUAAGAGGUGUCUGAUGGCAGGAGACGUGGAGGUAUACCUGUCCCAGGCUCACGAUGGCAGCGUGUCCGCAGGGUUCCGCGCACUUUACGAGGAGCGUCUCCUCCUGGACGUGACACUACUGAUCGAGGAUCACCACUUCCAGGCGCACAAGGCCCUGCUGGCCACGCAGAGUGACUACUUCCGCAUCAUGUUCACAGCUGACAUGCGUGAGCGCGAUCAGGACAAAAUCCACAUGAAGGGUCUGACCGCCACUGGCUUUGGCUAUGUACUGCAAUUCAUGUACUACGGCAGGCUGGAGCUGAGCAUGGUCACGGUGCAGGAGAUUCUACAGGCGGCCAUGUAUGUGCAGCUCACCGAGGUGGUGGAGUUUUGCUGCACCUUCCUCCUGGCCAAGAUCUGCCUGGAGAACUGUGCCGAGGUCAUGCGUCUGCUGGAAGACUUCAGUGUGGGCAUCGAAGGUGUGCAGGAGCAGCUGGACGCCUUUCUGCUGGAGAACUUUGUGCCUCUCAUGGCUCGUUCCGAUUUCUUGUCAUACCUAAGUUUCGAGAAGCUGAUGGCUUAUCUGGACAGCGACCAGUUGAGCCGCUUCCCGGAGAUUGAGCUCUACGAGGCGGUACAGACCUGGCUGAGGCACGACCGCAGACGCUGGAGGCACACCGAUGCCGUCGUCCAGAAUGUGCGUUUCUGCCUCAUGACACCCUCCAACGUCUUUGAAAAGGUGAAGACAUCUGAAUUCUAUCGAUACUCCCGGCAGCUGCGGCAGGAGGUAGACCAGGCCCUCAACUAUUUCCAUGAGGUCAAUGAGCAGCCACUCCUGGACACCAGGUCCAACCGGAUUCGGUCCAUCAGACCACAGACCGCCGUUUUCCGCGGGAUGAUCGGCCACAGCAUGGUCAACAGCAAGAUCCUGCUGCUGCACAAGCCCAAGGUGUGGUGGGAGCUGGAGGGCCCGCAGGUGCCCCUCCGCCCCGACUGCCUGGCCAUCAUCAAUAACUUUGUAUUCCUGCUGGGCGGCGAGGAGCUGGGGCCCGACGGAGAGUUCCACGCUUCCUCCAAGGUCUAUCGCUACGACCCGAGGCAGAACUCCUGGCUGCGCAUGUCCGACAUGUCGGUGCCGCGCUCCGAGUUCGCCGUGGGCGUCAUUGGGAAGUUCAUAUACGCGGUGGCUGGCCGCACGCGCGACGAGACCUUCUACUCCACUGAGCGCUACAACAUCGUGGAGGACCGGUGGGAGUUUGUGGACCCCUACCCUGUCAACAAGUACGGCCACGAGGGCACGGUGCUCAACGGAAAACUGUAUAUUACCGGCGGCAUCACUUCCUCCUCCACGUCUAAGCAGGUAUGCGUGUUUGACCCGGGCAGGGAGGGGCUGCCGGAGCACCGGACACGCCGCACUCAAGUCCUCACAAACUGCUGGGAGAACAAGUCCAAGAUGAACUACGCCCGUUGCUUCCACAAGAUGAUCUCGUACAACGGCAAACUGUACGUGUUCGGAGGCGUGUGUGUGAUCCUCCGUGCCUCCUUUGAGUCACAGGGCUGCCCAUCCACUGAGGUUUACGACCCAGAGACAGACGAGUGGACCAUCCUUGCUUCCAUGCCUAUCGGGCGUAGUGGACACGGGGUGGCUGUGUUGGACAAGCAGAUCAUGGUGCUGGGGGGGCUGUGCUACAAUGGUCACUAUAGCGACUCUAUUUUGACCUUUGACCCGGAGGAGAACAAGUGGAAGGAAGAUGAGUAUCCCAGGAUGCCUUGCAAACUGGACGGCCUGCAGGUGUGCAGCCUGCACUUUCCAGAGUAUGUGCUGGAGCAUGUGAGGCGUUGCAGCUGAGGCAGGGACUGCCCCCUGCUGGUUCACCUCAGUUACACACAAACUGUCUUAGAAAAAUAACAAAAAAAUAGCUGUUUAAAAAGUUUACUGCUGUUGAAAUAGCGCCUAAUCUAAUGCUUUUAUCCCAGAGAUAAUAGGUAAUUGCUUACUUGAAGAAAAUAAUUCCCAGAAUUCUUUGGUAAUUUUGUGACUGGAUUGUGGAUAGGAGGGAAGACUAUGUUUGGGUAGAGUGUCAUUUUCAGAUGCAAUUUAAAAAUUAAAAAUUUCUUAAACAGCAUUAAUUAUUAAAAUAAACUUUCACAGUUUUUUGACCAUCAUAAGUUUUUCGAUCUUUCAUGUAUUUUUUGUAAAUUGAAUGCCCUUUGAAAUCAGUGUUAUAAAAGGGUAACUUUACAAAGAUGGUAACAUGAAAUAUAUGCCAUUCCUUAGUUUAGCAGGUGUGCUUAUUGAGAAGCAAAUGACCAGCAUCACAAGACAAACCACUCAUUUCAUUCUACUUAAGGUCAGGCUCUGAUAUUACUGUGUGACCAUCUUUAAUGCAUGAGAGAAAACCAAACAUUUUGAUUUUAUGCAAUAAGUCUGCCUUUUCUCACAAAUCAUCUGGAGCCAGCAGUGCACAUACAGGAGCCUAUCAUGACUUAUUUAAACACAUUUACUUCUUAAAAACCUUGAUGUAUUUUCAUAUUCUUUACAUUUUGUUUGAAGCGGAGUCUAAUAUUGCUCACUUCAUUCCCGCCUGCCUCCAUUCAUCAGAAUGAAUUGUGAAGCUCACCUCACCACAUCUGCACUGAUAGACGACAGCGAUGCUGCAUUUAGAAAAAAUUACAGGUUUAGUGAACCACUAUUAAUAAUAAUUCCUCAAUAAAUAUUUUCAGAUUUGCUGAGAGAAUGAUUGCUGGUCUAGUUCCUGGGCCUGGUGACCUUAUAUGCUUGGUUUUUGGAUGUUUUCAUUAUGGAUACAUUGUAGCAUGAUGGUAGGGACAACGUAACUUCAUUGUAAUGACUAGUCCCUUUAAUUUACAAACCUUUAUCACACAUUUGUUUUAGCAGUGACAGUAGGGAACUGCUAGCUCUGUUGAAGGUGCACUGUGAUGUAAUGCAGUGAUUUUGCACAUAGUGGCUAAUGCUGUGGAUUAGACAAUGGAGUGUGUGGGUUGCCUGGGCUUUGUGUUUGCUAUUGGUGGGAAUGAACAGGAAGUGUAGUCCUGCCAUUCCAAUCUGAUUUGAGAGAGAGUAGGUCUUUAAAAGGCAGGUAGGCAGGGCAGAGUCUUGUCACCUAACAUUCCAGAAGCCACAUUAUUCUCAUUUCUGCUGCUUUAUGCAAUAUUUAUUCUCAUGUGUUUUAUUUAUUUUUGUAUAAUUUAAUAUCAUAUUUUAUUUGUAUUUUUAUGUGACUUUGUGUUAAUUGUGUAAGUACAACUCAUGGUUUCUGUUUUAUUUAUCAUAAAUGUAUUUUUGGAAAAAG